AAGAAAGUUUUGGUUGUAAACAACAAAGUGCGCAUGUGCUGCUGGCAACUUCAGCAGAUGAUACGGUGGCUGGUAAGGGUCACCGAACCUACACCGCAGCCACGGUAAUCCACCAAGAUCAAAUAUUUUUUUAAAAACAAGACGGUUAUUAUUAUUGUCAACUUUUUUACUGGGGUAUACCGCUACACCGGUUACCGUGACAACCCUAGGAGGUGUCAGGAUGAACUAGCUAAUUUAAAGGUGCUGUAAUGCACUAAUUGUUGAUGUUUCUAUAAACUUUGUUUUUUAUAAGCUUUGUUUUAAUGUGAUUGCCAGAAGAGCACAAGAAACCAAACACUUGCUGUCUUCAUUUAAGCAUUUGUAAUAAAGACCCUGUCACCCCAUGCUGUGUUUUGUAUGUGCCAACUUAAAGCACCCCUCCCCCUUUAUUUGCUCUGAGUCCGCUAACCCCCUCCCGCUGCGUGCUGACCAGCCCUUCGCCAUGCCUGCAGCAGAUAACGUCGCAUUUUCCAGCAGACAUACCAGAGAGGCUGCUGCUUUAGCGGGAAAGGAAGAGCUCCGAAAGAGGGAAAGAGGGCGACACCGUGGGAGGGGCGUGGGGGAGAGAGGGGAGGAUCCCUUUUACACUGAGUUCAGCCUCAGUGGGAGAGGCGUGUUAGAGAGAGCAGUGCGGGGAGAGGAACUCGUUGCAGUGCAGGUGGAUCACAGCUGUCUGAAGAGGAAGACUCAGUGUGGCUGUCCUUUAGGUGAGAGUACAACCGCCAAGCAAACCUGUGAGGUGAAGCAGGCAUGAGCGCCAACAACCAUCAGGGGGUGGUGACCACUCCUCCGCCACCUGGUGGGGGGACCAAAGAACGCUACUUUGACCGGGUCAACAUCAAUGAUCCAGAGUACAUCAGAGCCAAAAACAUGUCGCCGGAUCUCAGGCAGGACUUUAAUGUUCUGGAGCAGAAGAAACGUGUGACGCAGAUCCUACAGAGCCCUGCUUUCAAGGAGGAGUUGGAGUGUCUGAUCCAGGAGCAGCAGAGAAAAGGGAACAACCCGAGCGGACUGUUGGCCCUCAGGCAGAUCGCAGACUUCUUCAUGGCCAGCACAGUGGCCGGCUUCAACACUUCCUCCCUCAGUCUGGGGAUGGUAACUCCCAUCAACGACUUGUACGGAGUGGAAUCCUCCAGCAUGGUGAAAGGAGAGAAGCUGACACGCUGCAAACUGGCCAGCCUCUACAGACUGGUGGACCUGUUCAGCUGGGCACACUUUGCCAACUCCUACAUCACAGGUCGAGUCAGUAAAGAGCAAGAUCACAUACUCAUCAUGCCUAGAGGGCUGUCAUUCGCUGAGGCUUCUGCGGCAAACCUGGUGAAGGUGAACAUCAUUGGGGACGUGAUCGACCAGGGCUCCACCCCUCUGAGAGUCGACCCUGCAGGUUUCAGCCCACAUGCAGCCAUCUACUCCAUGCGUCCAGACAUCCGCUGCAUCAUACACGUACACACUCCAGCCACGGCAGCUGUGUCGUCUAUGAAGUGUGGCAUCCUGCCCAUUUCCCAGGAGGCGUUGAUCUUAGGUGACAUCGCCUACUACAACUACCAGGGCAGUCUGGAUGACCAGGGGGAGCGCAGAGAGCUGCAGAAGGCCUUGGGGCCCACAGCGAAGGUUCUGGUGCUGAGAAACCAUGGCGUGGUCGCUCUGGGAGAAACCAUCGAAGAGGCCUUUCACUACAUCUACAACACCCAGUACGCCUGUGAGAUCCAGGUGAAUGCCAUCUCGUGUGCCGGAGGCGUGGAUAACCUCAUAGUGCUGGACCCUGAGAAGUACAAAUCACGAGUGUUUAGCGUGGCGACAGCCGGUGACAUCAACCUGGGGGGUCAGUACAAGUGGAAGGCUGGUGAACUGGAGUUUGAGUCUCUGAUGAGGAUGCUGGAUAACCUGGGCUACAGGACGGGCUAUGCCUACAGACACCCCAUUGUGCGAGAGAAGCCGAGGCACAAGAGCGAAGUGGAGAUCCCCGCCACUGUUACGGCGUUUAAUUUCGAUGAGGACAUUGACGCCACUCGGCUGCCCUUCAAGUUCCUGCAGCAGCGGCAGCAGAGGGAAAAGACACGCUGGCUCAAUUCACCCAACAGCUACACGAAGGUCAGCGUGGAGGGUGGAGAGGAGCGCUACAGCAGCAGGACGACCACGUGGAUGAAGGCGGAUGAAACAGGAACGCCAAUCCGGAUUGAGGACCCUAAUCAGUUUGUUCCUCUCAACACCAACCCCAGUGAGGUGCUGGAAAAAAGAAACAAAAUCAGAGAGCAGAAUCGGUUAGACGUGAUGACGUCAGGGCCGCGCUCUCAGCACCUCGCUGGCAUUCCUGUUGAUGUACCGCGGCAGGAUCUGGGCCAAAUAAGAGUUACGCCAUACGUGCCCACAGAGGAGGAGCAGAUGGCUCCUCUUCCUCCCAACCCCUUCAGUGGGCUGUCAGAGAAGGCGCUGGAGGAGUAUCGCAAAAACGUGGAGAGACGGCAACUGGGCCUCAGCGAUGGUGAGCACGAGUUAACCUCUGAUGACGGCUCUUCUCUGUCUCAGUCUCUGUCCCUCACCCAGUCUCUGCAAAGCACUCCGGCUAAAGAAGAGUGCGAACACGGAUAUGCUUCGACGUUUCCUUCUAAUCAGAGCACAAACUUCCAGAGGCAGAGAAAAUUCCGAAAUAAGAAGUUCAGCAGUAACCAUAACAGGUCAACGCAUAAUGAGCUGGAAAAGAACAGACGAGCUCACCUGCGGCUAUGUCUAGAGAGGUUGAAGGCCCUCAUACCUCUGGGACCUGACUGCAGCCGCCACACCACCCUGGGCCUACUCAACAAAGCCAAAGCACACAUAAAGAAACUUGAAGAGGCGGACAGGAAGAGCCAGUACCAGCUGGAGUCUCUGGAGCGCGAGCAGAGGCACCUACAGCGUCAGCUGGAGCUGCUGGGGGGCAGCGGUGGUGUCCAGAGCAGCCCGGGGGAGGGCGAGAGGAUACGCAUAGACAGCGUUGGCUCCACCCUCUGCUCCGACCGAUCCGACUCCGAUCAAGAAGAGAUCGAGGUUGACGUGGAAAGCACGGAGUUCUCCCAUGGAGAGCUGGACAGCGUGAGCACAGCCAGCACCAGCGACCUGGACGACCACAGCAGCCUGCAAAGCAUGGCCAGUGACGAGGGCUACUCCUCCUGCAGUGUCAAACUUGCCUUCUCCUCCUAAAACCACCGCCUCCACCACCACCGCCCUGCCAAACCCACCUGUCCUCUCAUCUGUUCACCCCUCUAUCCAUCCAGCCGUCGCCGGCUACUUCUGGCCUUUGUUUCGGCACAUCUUCCAUCCACGCUGGUGGGUCUGCAGCAGGAGCUCCGGCCUCGCCGGUACCAGGGACUCAGACGUAGUGAUGCAAGACUGGCUCCAUCUGAAGGGAGAUCAGAUACGAGUAGUUCCGAUUUUAGAGUUUUUAAAAGAUGGACAACCCCUAAUUUAACUCAAAAGGCACUUAAAACCUUAAAAUAGAUGUUCUGAGUUCAACGUGGCUUUGUUCUGAGCUGACCCGCUUUUAGUUCGUCUCACUGGUUUUGCUGUCUCAGAUCAACUUACUUAACAACGGGGUGAAUUUUGCCAUAUCAGUCCAGCUUGGCCUUGAAAACCAUCCCGACCUGCAUAAAUCUAACCCUUAUCUGAUUAUUUUUAAUGUUUUUAUUAUAAUUAUUAUUAUUAUUAUUUUAUUAUCUCUGCUCUACGUCACAGAGGCUUGGACCUUAACGUUGGUGCUAUUGAGGCACAAACCAACAGACGGAGAGGGGGAUCAGAUCCGCCUCAGAGCUCGUCUGCUAUCGCUUUUAACCGAGCACGAAAGGAAACGGCCACAAGAGUGGAGGAACAGAAAAGAAAACUCUAAAAAAAUAAAAAUAAAAAAAUACAUUCCUGCCGAUUGUGGGUUCUUAAUGCUUUGGUUUUUUUUUUUUUUUUUUUUAAUAUGGAAAUUGUAAUUUUGUGUGUUUUGUUUUAGUCCCUCCCCCUAAACCACCACCCAAAAAGCAAGAACAAGCUAUCCAGCACUUACCUUCUUUAGAGGUAAUUGUGAAAAAAGGCACAACACACACACACACACACACACACACACACACACACACAAAGAACAGCUAAAAUCUCUUAAGACCCUUUCUCCAGCAGUAACUAGCAAUAAGUCGUGCCAUUUUCGUCACCUUCCUGUUUUCUCCUCCUUAAAGACUCCUAUGACCGUCCCAUUAAAGAAAGCAAAUUAUUAUUUUUUUGUACAUAGUAAUAGCUUAACAAAUAAAACUUUAAAAAUGAGGGUUUUAUAAGCUAGAGCUCAUGGAUAGAAGGGUCACCUCUGUUGCUGUUUGUUUAUGGUGCAUUUUGAAACUUUUUUCUUUUAUUUUGGAGGAUUUUUAGCUCCACAUACACGGUCGUCUCCUCUCCUGAGUGGCAGUGAACGCAUCAUUUCUUUGCUGGUUAAAGUGUUGAGUUCCCAUCCCGAGACUGAACCGGAUAUUUGUAGUUUUGUGUUUUAAAGCAUCAGAGCAGCUUUUAUUCUGCACACUUUUUUUUAAUUUAUUGUAUUUUUUUUUCUUGUUUUUUUUCUUUUUUUUUUUACUCGUGCAUGUGGCAUUCCUCUGGUGGUCCGUGUAGGAAACGGGUUGUGUGAUGUCACAAAUCACCACUUCACUGGCAUUAUGAAUUGCACUUCAGCCGCCGUUCUCUCUCCCGCGGCCGUGUUGCGCUCCCAUCCAGAAAAAUAAACCCCCCCCCCCACACACACACACACACACACACUUUUCUAUUUAUUUUGGGAUCUUACAAAGAGCACAAGUAAGGAGGAAAAUAAAUGCUAACUUAUUUUGGUUCUGUUUUACUUUACUCUUUCUUUUUUGAUGAACACUUCUCAUUCUUUAUUAGAAUUUUUUGUAUUUUAUUAAUUAUUGUUUAGUGGAUGAUUUUUUCCAGGGGAGGAGGGAUUAAAAACAAAAUGUAGCCAUUUUAAUUUCAUUGUUUUACUGAACGGACAUUUGAAAUGUACUCUGGGCCCCUGAGCUGCUCCUGGUGCUGCGCCGGGUCCGACCCCCCCCAGCAGCACGGGGUGAGACGCACGGAUCCAAACCCGUUCCGAGGCUCCUCACUCCGUGUCUGGGCCUGCUCUGAGGAGGGAGUCGCCUGGUAGAAUCUGAGCCAGCCUCACAAUAAAAGGGGUCUAAAGCUCUUGUGAACCCUGACAUCUGCAUGGAUCGUUGUUGCUUCAGUUUUCAGUGCAGCUCUGAGGGUUUAGAGAAAAGAACAAACAUUUAGGUUCCUCUGGAAGGUUCUGCACACAAAACCUCUGCUGUGUUCUGAUGAGGUUGUUGGACUUGGCACCAAAUCAAAAAGUUCAAACACUUUUUGGUGCUUGAUUAUUUAAACAAAUGCCAAAAAUAUCACCUCUGAACACCUCAGUGCUCUCUCUCUCUCUUUCUCUCUCUCUCUCUCUCUCUCUCUCUCUCUCUCUCGCUCUCUCUCUCUCGCUCUCUCUGAGGAACAGUUUACAUUUUUCCUGCCCUGUUUAAUUUAAUAUUCUUCAUCCUAUUGUUGCUUUAUCUCCAUUUUUUUCUUGCGUUUGUUUUAUGCACUGCUGGCAGAAGAAGGCUCCACAGACGUGUUUAUCUCCCCAAAAUCACACGUUUAAUCAGUGCAACACGAAUCUGUUCCGCUGCACAAAUCAGAGCAUUUGGAAAAGCUUUGUCUCCAAAGUGGCAGAAAACUGAUGUUGUGAACCCUGACAUCUGCACGGAUCGUUGUUGCUUCCGUUUUCAAUGCAGCUCUUAUGUUGUGCUGAGUUGAACUUUGUUGCAGACUGGUCCUGGAUCAGUUUGCUGGGAGUUAAUUGGCAAUCCUGCAGAUUCAUACCUUCACAAGCUGGCUUUCACAAUGAGGUGGGUUCCACCUCUCUGGACUUUGGGUCAGUUGGGUUUUAGUUUGGGAAGUGGGCCGUCUUGAGUAGAACCUCUGGCGGUUCUGGUGCAGUCCUGUGUGCAGUAGAGAGCCCUCCUGUUGUUCUCCAGCUGUGGCCAUUCUUUGUGAACCAAGCACUCAUGAUGAUGAUGAUGAUUCUAGUGAUGAAGAUGCAAUACUUACAAUAAAACCACCACGAUUUUCAAAGCUAAAGGACUGAAACAUGUCUAUCCUGAAUGUACUGUAAAGCAAUGGCUCGCACUAAGAUAAAUAAAGUUUGUGACUACAAAA